UAAAGUCAAAAAAAAAAUUUUUUUCUAGGUGUUAAGUUAGGAAAGUUAAAGUCUUCUCCUCAAGAUACUUCAAAACUGGAAGCUUUAUCAGAUUUACAGAAGAAAAUCAAAAUAACUGCUGAAACAUGUGGGGGAAAAAUAUAUGAAGAUGAAUACAGCUCCAAGUCCCAUAUCCAGAUGCCUGUUCACCAGAAGGACAAUGCAAAUUCCAACGAUUCUAUGAAAAAUGCAAACAAUUUUAUUGAAAAAACACCUAAGCAGAGUUUGAAACUUGUAAAGAAAAAUGAUGUCCUACUCAAAGAGUCUAGCAAAGCAGCCAAAAAUUCGCUUGAAAGAACGCCAAAGAAAAGCUUGAAGUAUAUAAAGAAAAACAGUACUCCCUCUCCAAAUAUAAGUGCUCUUCAAGAGUUGCAGGAAAACAUCAGUUUUGAAGAAGGAAAUUCUGGACAAAAAAGGUAUAACCUGCGUAGCCGGACGAAUUCUCCAGUAUCACCCUUCUUUGCACAACAAGCUUUAGCUGGUGUUAAAUUAAGUUUUGGAAACAGAUUGUGAAAAUGUAUUUCACUUAAAAGAUUUUUUAUAGCAUUUCCUGUUAAAAAGUAAUGUGAAUUUUUAGUUACAAAAUUUUUUCUUUUUUCAUAAAACUUGUGGAAAACAAGUGCUAUCAUUAAGCUCUUUUAUUUGUAUUAAAUUUAAGUUAAAAAAGUAUAAAAAUUUGUUACUCUAUCUAUACUUUUAAAAUGCGCGGUUUCUCUGUAAAAAAAUAUAUAUAUACUAUUUUAAUUGUGUUUUAUUAAUGGAAUAUAACACUUACAACUAUAUAUGUGUGUAUGUUCAGGGGUCUGUCCAGGCCGAAUUUACUACCGUUUAGCGGUAGUUUCACAAAUUCAACUUUAGGAAAAACGGUAGCUUCACAAAUUCAAUUUUAGGAAAAACGGUAGUUUCACAAAAUACUUUUUCUUAAAAUUUUAUUUUUGUAUCCCUUAAGAAACGAUAAAUCCAUAUUUUUACCAUAUUUUUGUGUAGAUUUUUAAAUAUGAUUUUUAAUUUUUCACAAAUUAUGUCUAAAUUUUCACAAAAUAGGUACCUCUAAGAAAAACCUAGACAGACCCCUGAUGUUAUAUCUGUUGUGUUGCACUCUUAUAUUAUUAGACCUUAAUAUAUUAUUUACAAAAUUAAAUUAUCAGUUAUUUAAAGUUUCUCUAUCUAUCUUAUAUAUAUAAUUUUUGCUUUUGUAAAUUAACAUGAUUUUACCCAAAUAUAAUUUUAGUUAUCUUUUGUAUGUCUGGUAGCAGAACUGAUUGAGCAUAAAAUAUUUGGUUUAGUUUGAGGGCUCACAGAGAAAAUAAACCUAUAUCAGGGUUGCCACAGGCCACUAAAAUGCAACUAUUUUUGGCAUGAGACGACUAUGGCAACUUUUUUUUGCCUGAAAAGGCUAUAAAAAAAAAGCGACUAUUUUAGGAAAAGGAGACUAUUGGAAGACUUUUCUGUGCUCCUAGCAAUGUUUUUUCAGCAUAAAUUGGGUUCAAAGUCUGCAGCCCACGAUAGCUUUUGAACACACAACUUUUUUUUCUUAAAAAGUAAACAAUUUUAAAUUGCCAAUUUCAGCCUUCACUUUUUAAUUCGUUUAAUCUGCAGAUUCCAUUGCAAAUAUUUCGUUUCCCGGUCUCCUUUUCCAUGGUUAUUGCUUUGAAAUUCUGCACGAUUUUUAAAAAAACAAAUUUUAAUACAUUAUGAUAUGUGAAUUUCAAAUUUGAGUAAUCACUUUUCACAAUAUAUAUGUGAGUGUAUAUAUAUUUCCUAGAUAAAUUAUUAAUAAAAGGGAAAAUUGUGCUAGAAGAUUAACGUUUAUAAAAAAAUUAUCAUUUGCCACCAACUUGACUAAAUGGAUCAUGGUAUUCGACAAUUAAGUCAUUAACAAAAUUUUAGUCAUAGUUUUGAUGAAUCUUUGUUCUUAUUUAGGCAACUAUUUUCAUGCUUUAGGUUACUAAAAGCAACUAUUUCGUCCAUUUUUUUCCUGUGGCAACACUGCUAUAUUUAUUUAUCUCUAAAAUCUAAAUAUGUGAUUGUUACUGCCUUUGUAAAUUGACAUGGUUUCGUGCAUAUGUAAUUUUAGCCAUUAAUUGUAUGUCUGGUAUUGGAAAAAAAUAUUUUGCAGCUUGCAUAUUUAACACUUUGCUUACAGCUGGUACGACUGAUGGUCCAAAAUAAUAGAUGUUUCGAAUGCCUUAAGCAAAAGGUUAAUAAUAUAAAUUUGCAUUGCUUUUUAACUUUGAGUUUGCUUAUUAUCUUUUCCCUUCUCACUUCAACUGAUGCAAACUAAAUCUCUUGCACUGACUUUUUAUUUUUUUCGACUUAUAUAUAAGUAUAUAUAAACACAAUACAGCUAUUAUUUAUAAUUUAUUGUACUAAUUGAAAUUUGAUUAAAUGGCAAACUAUCAUUUAUUUUAGAACUAUAUAGAACCCUGACAUAAUGUAUUUCUACAAUGAACUUUUUCUAUGAAUUAUAAUCAGAAUUGAUUGUAUUUUAUGUAAUAUAAAAAACAUUUCGAAAUCAACUUUUUGUUACAUUUAAAGAAACUAUUUUUAUUUUUGAAAAACGUAAGGUCUAAUAAAGUUGUUGAGAAAAUGUUCUUCAGAUAAAAUCUAUCAAAAGUGAUAAUUUUGGCAAAAAAAAAAUUUCUCUUUGUAACUCUAAUUGUAAUUUUCUAAAUUUGCUUUAGAACAUCCUAUUUGUUCAACAUCUGUAUUUAUUUUUAUCAUCUGAGUUUAUUUAUUCAUUUAAUUAUUUUGUACAUUGUAAUGAUAAUUAGUCGAUGCUAGUUAUUAAUACUUAGGAAAUCUGGUUUAAAUUACUUUAUUUUGUUAUGUCUAUUUAAAAUUGUCACUCACUAUUCAUUUAUUUAAAAAUAUUUUGAACUUGUUUAAAUUUUUAUGUAUUAAUACAGAUUCAAUAAUUUAUUUCAUAUUUAUUGCUAUUUACUUCAAAAUGAAUAAUGCAAUGAAUGCAUUAAUUUAAAUAAUUAUAACUUUAUAUAAAUUUUUACUAUAUCUUGACUUAUAUCAUUUGCCCUUUUAAUAAAUGUUUCAUAACUUCAA